GGGGGGGGGAGAGGAGGCCAGAGGAGAGGCCAGAGGAGGCUAGCCUCUGGGGUCUCUGUAGGAGGGAGCUAGGCAGGGACCUACUAUUCGGUCACUCCAGAGAGGAAGUUACCAGGAACACAAGGAGAAGAGCUCUCCCCAGGAGGCAGAGAGGAGACUGACAGUAAGAGAGUGACAGAAUAGCCAGACGUUAGAUGACCCAGCUGCAUCAUCAUGGACCUGGAUAGUUUAAUGAACGUGGAGCUGAGCCUGACCAUCAUCCUGCUGGUGCCGCUGGUGGUGGUUGCCACGGCUGGUGUGUUCUACCUGUACUCUGUUGUACUGCGGCUCGUCUCCAAGGUUACCGUUCGCAACAAGGUGGUGGUCAUCACCGACGCACUCUCCGCUCUCGGGAGAGAAUGUGCCAAGGUUUUCCACCAGGGCGGCGCUAGACUGAUCCUGUGUGGGAAGAGUUGGGAGAGGCUGGACCUUCUGGCUGAGGAGCUGGCCAAUGCUUCCGACCCGAGUCUGACCUUCCCCCCUAAGGUGGUGCAGCUGGACUUUGGAGAUAUGGAGAGCCUUCCGGAGGUGAUCACGGAGGUGCUGGACUGCUACGGCUGUCUGGACGUGCUCAUCCUCAACAACAGUCUGAAGGUGCGGGGCCCCGUCCAGAACCUGUCCCUGCAGAUGGACAAGGCUGUCAUGGACAGCAACUACUUCGGACCUGUGACACUGGCCAAAGGCCUGCUCCCCUCCAUGAUCUCCAGGAGGACGGGUCACCUGCUGCUGGUGAACAGCAUCCAGGGCAAGCUGGCCAUGCCCUUCAGGACCACCUACGCAGCCUCCAAGCAUGCGGUGCAGGCCUUCUUUGACUGCCUGAGAGCCGAGGUCCAGGAGUACGGCAUCCUGGUCAGCACUCUGAGCACCACCUUCAUCAGCUCCCCUACACCACCCUCAGAGGAGGACAAGCCCACACCCUCUGUCUGGUCAGUGUUCUCCAGGAAGACGGUCUUCGGCGUGACGGCCGAGGAGGCGGCGUCCGAGCUGGUGAAGACGCUGAGCAGCAGGAAGCAGGAAGUGGUCAUGGCGCGCUCGCUGCCCAAGGCCGCCAUCUACGCACGCUCCUUCUUCCCCAACGUGUUCUUCGCCGUGAUGGCGGCCGGCGUGAGGAACGCUGCCGCUGUAGAGGAACUGGAGCAGUAGAGACGGAGGGAAUGGAGAGGUGGAGGGAGAGGUGACAGGAUGGAGGGACUGAGAGAUGGAGGGGAGAGGUGACAGG